AUGACAACAGAAGAAACGAUACUUUCCUCGGAGAAAAUGCAGACCACACAGUGCAUGACACAAACAAAGACAAAACAUGACGAAAACAAAAUGAAUGUUGUUACCAACCUAUCAAAAAAUACGUUAACUGAGGCUCAGAUGUCUCUGCUGUCGAAAGGAUUGAAGUUCAUACCGACUAGAAAAACAAUAGACAAAGGGAAAUUACUCACAGACUUGUCAGCGUGGGAACGCUGUAUGCGCUUAAGAGAAUAUUUCUAUGCAGAAGACGCAGAACAUAGAACCAGGGAAGAUGGGAACCUAUACAAAAAGAAGACCUCGACGUGGACUCCAAAGGCAGGCCGCGACAAAUGGCUGGACACAUAUAUAAUAGCGGUCAAAGACGACAUAAUUUGCGGUUUAAAACGAAAAUUUAAAUAUAAUCUGAGCAGAUUGGAAGAACAGGCAAUCAAAGAAUUACUCCACGACGAUGACAUAGUAAUUCGCCCUGUCGACAAGGGGUCGGGGAUAGUGAUAAUGGACAGGGAAGACUAUGUCAAGCUGCUGAAGUGUGAAAUGUCGGACUGUGAGACAUACGUCGAGGUGACGGAUGAUAAAACAAGGAUUGUGGAAAACAAAGUUAAGAAAGUGGCCUAUACCCUAUACAAGAAGGGGUCGAUCGACAGUGACCUUAAAAGGUAUCUCACCAGCGGCGGUGGAACUUCCGGUAAGCUUCAGGGCAACCCGAAGCUUCAUAAACCUGGGAUGCCUCUCCGCACUAUUGUAAACGGCCGCAAUCACCCGACAGAGAAGAUGGCGGAAAUAGUGGAGAAUGAAUUGCGUGAUCAUGUGAUGUCACUCCCGUCGUAUGUGAGAGACACAACCGACUUCCUAAAGAAAAUAUCACAGAUACAGCAGCCGUUACCAGACGGUACCAUCAUAAUUUGUUUGGAUGUGAAGGCUCUUUACCCCAGCGUACCAAGAGAAGAGGCCCGUGCUGCAGUUAUUGAAGCCCUCAAUCGGCGAGUGCAACCGGAAGUACCAACCAACGACAUGAUCACAAUGAUGGACACUGUUCUAAAUAACAACACCAUUUCAUUCAAUGGAGACCACUACAUGCAAAAUGAAGGAACUGCUAUAGGAUCGCAUUUAGGUAUGAAUUACGCAUCGACCUACAUGAGAGCCUGGGAGACAGAGUUAUUUUCAAAAUCAAAUAAACAUCCAAUAGCCUACUUCCGGUUCGUUGAUGAUGUUUGGGGCUUGUGGACACAUGGUUUGGAGGCACUAAAGACAUUCCAUGCGUUUGCAAAUGAAAUCCAUCCACGAAUACAGCUAGAGCUCCGCUACUCCACAGAGCAGCUCGAAUUCCUAGACACCAUGACGUCUAUUCGAAAAGGAAGGCUGGUUUCAGACCUAUACACCAAACCAACAGAUCGGCACCUAUACCUGCACAUGGACUCGUCGCAUACCGAGUCUACGAAGAAGGCCAUUCCGUACGGCUUAGGUGUGAGGCUGAAAAGAAUAUGUUCGGAAGAGACGGACUACAAAAAACACAGAGAUGAGAUAAAAGAGCAACUACAGAAGCGAGGAUACAAUGGCCGAUUCGUCGAGACAGAACUGAAGAAAGUUGAUAGCAAGAAGCGAAAAGAUCUGCUGCGUACGAAAGUGCCUUCAAAAAGUACUUCCAGGUUUCCGGUUAUUUCAGAGAUGAGUCUGCUGGAGACUGGGGUGCCACUGAUACUUAUCCGACCAGAAGCGGACGACGAAAGUCCUUCCAAACUUAAGUCAGAGGUGCAGGAGGCAGUGCGCAGUCUUAAGGCAGGAGCACCUACAGGAGUGAAGGGGGACUUCUUCAGGACAUCAGCAGACGUCCGUCAGGGUUGUCUGCUCUCUCCCGUCCUAUUCAACCUCUUCCUUGCGAAGAAAAUGCAUGAGACUCCCCAUGACCACCACACCUCUAUCUCCAUUGGUGAAAGACCCAUCCCAACUUGA